UCGCCACAUCGGCAAAAGUCGUCUACGCGACACGGGCAUAUUUCACUGCAAAAAAAUAGUCCUUUGCGUUGAGUGUGGAAAUUAAAUGAAGAAAAUUAGUUGAAAUUAAACAAAAACAUAAGCAAGUGAGAUUUUGUACAAUAAAAAUGUGGAAAUAAUUUUAAGAAAAUGAAAUGAAAACCAUUCUGUAAAUGUCGUUGAGGCGGAAAGGCGGCGGUUAAGAAGUGCCUUCCAUAACGGUUCUACAACGAGUUAGAGGAGAAUCCCAGAACACAGCGAUUAGAAAACUAUGCGUCGCCCGAAAUUUUCACUAAAGAAAUAUUUUUAUUUUACGCUCAUUUGUGCACUGCUGUUAAUAUUCGGCUUUAAUUUACGAGAACAUGAAAUCUGGAAAUCGAAAAGCGCGCCGCAGCAAACACAAGCACGCUCGCCGGAGGAGCAAGCAAAACAACCGUUACAAUACUACACGCAUUCAUCCUCCAAUAGUUUGGAGCCGGGUAAGCACGCAGCAGCGCGACGGGCAGAGGGUAUUGGCGAUGGCGGUGGCGGCGAGGACACCGAUAACGACGACAGCGCAGCUGCGCGCAGACAUGCAAAUAUAAUCAGCACCAGUAAUACGCUGGGCGGGGGCGAAAACAUAAAUAGCGGCGAGCAAAGCGAGCAGCAACAGCUGCAAUUACAUCCAGGGCAGGUGCCACUGGAACCCACCUCAACGCGGCCUUGGUUCUUCCGUCAAGGUGAGUACUAUCCAAAGCCGGCGCGAACUGGGCCUACGCGUGAGGCGCAUGGCAAACGCGGCGGAGGAGGCGCAGGCGGAACGGGACGUGGCAAGAAGCAUAAUCCGCGCGGCGCACGCCUCUUUCCCUACCAAGAUCCGCACAGUGAUCGCAUCGUCAAUCAGUUGAUGUAUGUGCCGCCGAACUAUGAGAAAGUGCGCGCUAGCGGCCGACUGAAAGUUAUACUGCUCUACAAUGGAUUAGGUCCAUGGAAUGUGAAGCAAGGUCGUGAUGUCUUCCUCCGCUCGAAAUGCCCUGUGGACACUUGCGAAUUGACAUCGAAUCGCGGUUAUGCUGACAAGGCCGAUAUGAUAUUGUAUAAGGAUCAUUUCAUACCGACAGGCCUAGGCAGACCAUUGAAUCCGAGGCAAGUUAGCAUGUUGUACUAUCUGGAAUGUCCAUAUCAUACACAAAACGUUAAAGUACCAGAUGCUAUAAAUUGGACGGCCACCUACAGGCGUGACAGCGACAUUGUAGCGCCCUAUGAAAAAUGGGUUUACUACGAUUCGAAAAUCCAUCAAGCCGAGCAGGAUCAUAACUAUGCUUUGAAUAAAACAAGAAAAGUUGCCUGGUUUGUUUCGAAUUGUGGCGCACGCAAUGGACGUUUGCAAUUCGCGCAUGAGCUGCAAAAAUAUAUUGAUGUCGACAUCUAUGGCGUUUGCGGCAACUAUAAAUGCUCACGCAACACCGCCGACAAAUGUUUUGAGCUACUCGAUCAUGACUACAAAUUUUACCUCGCCUUCGAGAAUUCCAACUGCAAAGACUACAUCACCGAAAAGUUCUUCGUAAAUGCACUGCAACGCAACAUUUUGCCAAUUGUAAUGGGUGCACGCCCGGAGGAUUAUGAAGUGAGCGCACCACAUCGUUCCUACAUCCACGUCGAUGAGUUUGCCUCGCCCAAAGAACUGGCCGAGUACUUGCACAUACUCGACAAAGAUGAUGAACUGUACAAUUCAUAUUUCAAAUGGAAGGGUACGGGUGAGUUCAUCAAUACUUACUAUUGGUGUCGCGUUUGUGCUGCGCUACAUGACGAAGACUCGCUACGCAAACCGCAUUGGUACACAGAUGUGAAUGAUUGGUGGCGCGGUGCUGGCGUUUGCACAAAUGGUUCGUGGCGUAAUUUUAAGGCGCGCAAAGAUGUCAUACGAGAUGAUUAGUGGUGGCGACUGCAUUCGGGUUAUUGGCUAGUUAUCGCAAGUGUUGUUAUUGAAUAUUUUAAGUAGUUUAAGGCUUUUUAGUUAUCACUACACAUUUAUUAGAUACAACCAAACACAUUUACAUAUAUGUAAUAUGUAUGUACAUUAGGG